GAAGCAAGCAUGAAGCCAGUCUUCUGUGGUAACUUUGAGUAUGAUGCUCGUGAGGGUGAUCUUGAACGGCUAUUCAGGAAAUAUGGCAAGGUUGAGAGGGUGGAUAUGAAAGCUGGUAAGCCUUUUUCUUUUUCUUUCUUCUGCCUUUUAUGUACUCUUAUCUUUGUGGUUAACCUCGAUGAAAAAGCAGUAAUAUAAAUCACUUAGUGCGAUGAGAAAGCAAAAUUCAAAUGCAUGUCAUACAAAUCCACUUCCAUGUUCACUCCACGAGAUGGCUCCGGAUGACUCUCCCUUUAGAAGGAAGUACUAAACAGCGACCAUAUCCACUUUGCCAUGCCGCCUUCUUGAUGUUUGGAAAGCACUUGAGAGGAGAAAGAUUGCAUUUCAUCUCCUUGGUCCACAAAACAAGUCACUUUCCAUCCGCUAUAGCACUGCCAUCUUAAUUGCAUUUCAUUCCUCAUAGACUUUGCACUCUUGGACAUACCUCUGCAAUGGAGAAGGCACUCUCUUUUCAUUCACAUCCCGUCUGACUUCCACAUUUUCAGUUGUUCCUUGACAUAUUAAUUCCAUAAUGCAAGGUCUGUAACUGCUCUACUGAUCAAUUGGUUUGCAGAGUUUUUUAGGCUCGAGGAAUGUUCAAAAUUUAAUUUGUCCUAGUAGGUAAGUAUGGCUUUUUGAUGCCUCUGAAGGAGAGAGGACAGUCUUCGUGUUUGCUGGAGGUUCUUAACCUGGUUUGCUUCCUCACUGUUCAUGUACUCAGAUCUAUGCUUUUUACUUCUUUUCUUUCUCCAGGCUUUGCUUUUGUGUACAUGGAAGAUGAAAGGGAUGCUGAAGAUGCUAUCCGAGCGCUUGACCGCAUGGAAUUUGGGCGUAAGGGACGCAGACUUCGUGUUGAGUGGACAAAGAGUGAACGAGGAGGUGAUAGAAGAUCUGGUGGUGGUUCAAGGAGAUCCUCAUCCAGCAUGAAACCUUCCAAGACUCUCUUUGUUAUCAACUUUGAUGCGGAUAUUACUAGGACCCGGGAUCUUGAGAGACACUUUGAGCCGUAUGGAAAAAUCGUAAACGUUAGGAUCAGGAGGAAUUUUGCAUUUAUCCAAUACGAGGCGCAAGAGGAUGCCACCCGGGCACUGGAUGCUACAAAUAACAGUAAGCUGAUGGAUAAGGUGAUCGCGGUGGAGUAUGCGGUGAAGGAUGAUGAUGCUAGAGGGAAUGGUCACAGUCCUGAAAGACGCCGUGAUAGGUCACCUGAAAGGAGAAGGCGAUCACCUAGUCCUUACAAAAGAGAAAGAGGAAGCCCUGAUUAUGGCCGAGGUGCUAGUCCUGUUGCUGCAAACAGAAAGGAAUGGACCAGUCCUGACUAUGGCAGAAGACGUAGCCCAAGUCCUUAUAAAAAAUCAAGGCGUGGCAGUCCCGAGUACAGUCGUGACCGCAGAGGCAAUGAUAGUCCUCGUAGGAGGGAGAGAGUCGCAAGCCCUAAGUACAGCAGCCGCAGUCCCAACAACAAGAGAGAUAGGAUGAGCCCUAAUCACAGCCCACUGAAGAAGGAAAGUCCGAUAAAUGGAGCGGGUGAAGUUGAUAGUCCAAUUGAAAGGAGGAGGGAGAGAUCGAGGUCUAGCCCUGAGAAUGGCCAAGUUGAAAGCCCUGGCUCAAUUGGAAGAAGAGACAGUGAUGGUGGCUACGAUGGUGCUGAGAGCCCGAUGCAGAAGAGCCGGUCUCGUUCGCCACCUGCUGACGAGUGAUGAAAAGUUGAUCCACAACCUCUAUCAAAGUAGGAUGUUGUAACUGUUUGUUUGUAAUCAACACUGUUUCGUCGUAUUUAGAUUUGGUCUCUUGUUUAAAUGUCUUUUCUGGUAGAUUCCAACUUGGAUAUCUUUUUAUUGUCGGAUUAUAAAACUUUUGUCUGUGUGCCAACUGCCAAGGUACUGCAUUUUCCGUUAUUAUCAUCUCAGUUUGAACUCCAA